GCCCUGCGGUCCCAGCUGCGCUCCCCACGGUGCCCAUCAGUCCGGGCUUUCUGUCCCGGCCUGGCACCCCGCGCACCCCUUGGGGUGGUUGGGCUGCGAGGGGGGUGGGGCACUCCCUCCAGAGUGGGGCGACCACAGCCAGGCCAUGGGGACCGCGCUCGUGUACCACGAGGACAUGACCACCGCCAGGCUGCUCUGGGACGACCCAGAGUGUGAGCUCGAGUGUCCCGAGCGCCUGACCGCCAUCCUGGAGCGCCUGCAGCAGAGUGGCCUGCAGCAGAGAUGCCAACGCCUGGUAGCCCAAGAGGCCUCCGAGGCAGCGCUGGGCCUGGUGCACAGCCCUGAAUAUGUGGGCCUGGUGCGGGGAACCCAAGCCUUGGACACAGGAGAGCUCCAAGCACUGUCUGGACAGUACGAUGCGGUCUACUUUCAUCCAAGUACCUUCCACUGUGCCCGGCUGGCUGUGGGAGCCACAUUGCAGCUGGUGGAUGCUGUGCUGACUGGGACUGUGCACAAUGGGCUCGCCCUAGUGAGGCCUCCUGGGCACCACAGCCAGCGGGCAGCUGCAAAUGGAUUCUGCGUGUUCAACAACGUGGCCAUAGCAGCCAAACACGCUAAGCAGAAACACGGGCUGUGCAGGAUCCUCAUUGUUGAUUGGGAUAUCCACCACGGCCAGGGCAUCCAGUAUGUCUUUGAGGAUGACCCCAGCAUUCUGUACUUCUCCUGGCACCGUUAUGAACAUGCGCAGUUCUGGCCUCACCUUCGAGAUUCUGAUGCGGAUGUUGUUGGGCAGGGCCAGGGCCGUGGUUUCACUGUCAACUUGCCCUGGAAUCAGGUCGGGAUGGGAAAUGCUGACUAUGUGGCUGCCUUCCUGCACGUGCUGCUUCCGCUGGCCUUCGAGUUUGAUCCUGAGCUGGUGCUCAUCUCGGCAGGAUUUGACUCAGCGAUCAGAGACCCAGAGGGGCAGAUGCAGGCUACCCCAGAGUGCUUUGCACACCUCACACGCCUGCUGCAGGUGCUGGCUGGUGGCCGGGUCUGUGCAGUGCUGGAGGGAGGCUACCACCUGGAGUCACUCUCCCAGUCUGUGUGCAUGAUGGUUCAGGCGCUGCUGGGCGACCCCACUCCACCCCUGUCAGGGCCCAUGGUUCCGUGUCAAAGUGCCCUGGAGUCAAUCCAGAGUGUCCGGGCAGCCCAGGCCCCUUACUGGAAGAGCCUGCAGCUCCAAGGUGCAACCCCCAGGCUGAGUUCUGGCACCCACUCCCUGGAGGGGCGACCCUCAACUCUGCUGCCCGCGGGGCUUGAACUGAAGACAGCUGCGGCUCAUGCAGUGUCUGCGCUGAGCUCCCUCCUGGACCAGCUGUGCCUCCACCCCAGGUCAGCUGUCCACACGGCUGCUGCCCUGACCCCACUGGAUGCUGCCUUGGUGCUGCCCCCUGACAUCCUCCAUCUGGAGGGGUCAACUCAGGAGACUCAGGCCUGGACAAGGCCACACGAGUCUCUGACCCAGGACCAGGCCCUUACUCCACUGGGGCAAGUCCUGUAUCUUCUAGACAAGAUUCUGGAUGGGCAGGUGGGCAGCGGUAUUGCAGCCACCCCAGCCCCUACUCUGAAUGCCACUCUCGAUGUAGUCAUUCGGCGAAGCCUGUCCCACGGAACUCAGAGGCUGUUCUGUGUGACCAUGGGGCAACUGGAUCGGCCCCCGGACCUUGCCAAUGAUGGGAGGAGUCUGUGGCUGCACAUCGGGGGCAAGGAGGCCACUGCUCUGUCCAUGUUCCAGGUCUCCAUGCCUCUGCAUGGGACAACUGGCGGGUUCCUGAACUGUGUCCUGUCUCUGGUGCUGCCCCUGGCCUAUGGGUACCAGCCUGACCUUACAUUGGUGGUGCUUGGGCGGACCCACGGCCUCCAGGGUCCACAGCCUGCACUCCUGACUGCACUGCUCCAAGGUCCAGCAGGGGGCCGAAUCUUGGUCCUGGUUGAAGAGGAGUCCACACCCAAGUUUGCUGGGGUACUGGCCCAGGUGCUGCAUGGAGAGGCACCCCCCAGUCUGGGCCCCUUCUCUGUGCCCUUCCCCGAGGACAUGCAGGCCCUGAUGUACCUGAGACAGCAGUUGGAACCACAGUGGAAGAUGCUCCAAGUGACUGCUCCUUCUUGAGUGCUGUGAUCCGGUGGCUUGAAAUCAGCCAGGUGGGAGUAUUUACAUCCUGAAAUUAGUACGACAGGCCAGCUUCCCAGGAGCCAGUCGUUGAACCAUCACCUGCACACCAUCGCCUCUGUCCUGAGGGCUAGGCUGCCGGCUCAUCCAGGGGCACACGCCACUGUAGGUACCUGGAGCCCCCUUUGGAGACCCGCCAUUGCACUUGAGGGCUCCUUCCCCAUCAACAGUAAAAAUCUGUUGUGGUCUGGGAGAUGGCUCAGUGGAUAAAGCACUAAACUCUCAAGCAUGAGGUCCUGAGUUCAAGCCCCAGCAGCACAUGUACCAGGGUGAUAUCUGGUUCUUUCCCUCUCCUCCUAUCUUUCUCAUUAAUAAACAAAAUCUUUAAAAAAAAAAAAA